AUGUCUGCAAGUAAAUCGUCGUCUAAUUUACCAUUUCCAAGAGCAUCAUUAUCAUUAGGCAUAUCGUUAAUAUCAAAUCCGAUAAACUCAUCAAAAUUAUCAAAAUCUUGCUGUUGUUGUUGUUGCUGCUGUUGUUGUUGUUGUUGCUCUUGUUGCUUCUGUUGUUCUUGUUUCAAUCUUGCUGCUUCAGCCUCCUCUUGUUGCUUCUUCUUCUUUGCUUCUUCUUCUUCUUUAAGUUUCUGUUGUCUUAACAUCUCUUCUUUUUCUUCUUGUUCCUUUUUCAAUCUGGCCUCACGUUCAGCCUUUUCUUUAGCAGCAGCUGCCGCUGCUUCCUCUUCGGCUUUUCUCUUAGCUUCCAUCUCUUCUUUCAACCGUUUAGCCUCUGCUUCUCUCUUUUGUCUUUCCAUUUCUUCUUUCAACUUCAAUUCUUCUUGCUUCUGUUUAUUCUCAACCAUCGUGGCAACACACCAUUUGGCGUCAUUAAAUUUUGAUACUGUCUCAUCCAAUAUUUCAUCAAAUUUGCCUAUUUGGUUAUUAAGUUGUUGGAUUACAAAUGGCUGGAUUAGUUGA